CUUUGGCCGCACCGAGGGCAGAGCUCAGACGGGAGAUCGUCUGGGUUGGAGCCACAGCUCGACACCGUCCAGUGAACAUCGUUAUCCUCCUGUGACAAAGUAUUUUCUUCCUGUAUCGUGUCGCACACCUUCACAGCUGGUUGCCUGUCAGACAUGGCUGCCCAGUGUGUAACCAAGGUGGAGCUGACGGUGUCUUGUGAGAAUCUCCUGGACAAAGACAUCGGCUCCAAGUCCGACCCUCUGUGCGUCCUGCUGAUGAGCAGCUCUGACUCUCAGUGGUACGAGGUAGAACGCACGGAGAAAGUCCAGAACUGCCUCCACCCGAAGUUUGCCAAAAAGUUUGUCAUCGACUACUACUUUGAAAUCGUGCAGAAACUGAAGUUUGGGAUUUAUGACAUUGACAACAAGACCAUUGACCUGAGUGACGAUGACUUCCUGGGGGAACUGGAGUGCACCUUGGGCCAGGUCGUGUCCAGUAAGAAACUGACCCGACCGCUCGUCCUGAAGAACAAAUCGCCUGCAGGAAAAGGGACCAUCACAAUCAGUGCAGAAGAAAUAAAAGAUAACAGGGUGGUGAAUUUUGAAGUGCAAGCCAGGAAACUGGAUAACAAGGAUUUAUUUGGGAAGUCCGACCCUUACCUCGAGUUCUACAAGCAGACUCAAACUGGAUGGCAGCUGGCUCACAGGACUGAGGUGGUGAAGAACAACCUGAAUCCAACAUGGAGGCCCUUUCGGAUCCCCCUGCAGUCCCUCUGUGGAGGAGACAUGGACAAACCCAUAAAAGUUGAGUGUUAUGACUACGACAACGAUGGGUCACAUGAUCUUAUUGGAAUCUUUGAGACCACAAUGACGCGCCUCCAAGAAGCAUCACGGACUUCUCCGGCAGAGUUUGACUGCAUCAACAGUAAGAAGAAGCAGAAGAAGAAAGGCUACAAGAACUCUGGUGUCGUGAGCGUGAAGCUGUGCCAGGUGGUGAAGGAGUACACGUUCCUGGAUUACAUCAUGGGAGGCUGUCAGAUCAACUUCACUGUGGCUGUCGACUUCACCGGCUCCAACGGGGAUCCCAGGUCUCCUCAGUCUCUGCAUUACAUCAGUCCUCAGGGUGUUAAUGAGUACCUCUCCGCCAUCUGGUCUGUGGGCAACGUCAUCCAGGACUACGACAGCGACAAGAUGUUUCCCGCCUUCGGCUUUGGAGCUCAGAUUCCUCCCACAUGGCAGGUCUCCCACGAGUUUCCUCUGAAUUUCAACCCGUCGAAUCCAUUUUGUGCAGGUGUGGAAGGGGUGGUGGAGGCCUACAGGGUGUGUCUGCCCCAGGUCAAACUCUACGGUCCCACCAACUUCUCCCCUAUCAUCAACCACGUGGCCCGCUUCGCUCAUCAGGCCCUCCAGCAGACCACUGCAUCACAAUACUUUGUUCUGCUCAUCAUCACCGACGGAGUCAUCACAGACAUGGAUGAUACCCGCAACGCCAUCGUCAACGCCUCUCGCCUCCCCAUGUCGAUCAUCAUUGUCGGAGUCGGGGGGGCGGACUUCAGUGCCAUGGAGUUCCUGGACGGAGACGAUGGACGCCUGCGUUCUCUGACCGGCGAGCCCGCCAUGCGAGACAUCGUGCAGUUCGUGCCGUUCAGGCAGUUCCAGAAUGCUCCCCGAGAAGCUCUGGCCAAGAGUGUGUUGGCAGAAGUUCCCAGUCAGCUGGUGGAGUUCUUCAGUACCAUGAAGCUGAGUCCACCCAGCUCCAGUCCAGCACCAAACCCUGCAGAGACCAACUGAUCUCAAACUGCCGAGAGGAAACCAGAACCUCCGGCACAUAGGAACCAGACCCCAGCUUCAUCUCAUCAUAGAUAAUUAGAUCAUUAGAUAACCCCCCCCCCCCCCCCCCAUUCCCAGCCCGCCCCCCCAUAAGCACUCAACACUAUUUAUGACCACUCUCUGUUUUUAGUGUCAGAUGUAGCUGUUUUUAGGUUUUAACAUCCAUGUGUGUUUAUUUCAGUGAUAAAAUCAUUAAAUCAUUCCAUCAUUUUAAAAGAAUGAGCGAGCAGCAUGACAGUUGAACAUCGCAGGGAUUUAAGCCUUCAGUGUUUGUGCAGCAGAAGCAGCUCGUAAACUGUUCUGCUGCUGGUUUUUAGUUCAGUUUAUUUUUAUCCCACUUUGAUGGCUGCAGCAUCACGUUACAGUAGUCCUGUAAAAGGCUUUUCCACACUAUGAUAACAAAGAUGACCUUUUAAUCAUGGCAUCAGUAAAUGCAUGGGAACCUUCUCCCCAUAUGAUGUUUACAUCAUCAGAGGAACAGCAGCUGAAGUGCCAGGGUUGUUUUUUUUUUGUUUUUUUUUUACAUAUAACCAGUAGCUUUGCAGUUGCUUCUGUAGUUGGCAUGUAGAGUUUAUAUUUUCUUAAAUGUCAUGUUACACACGCUUCCUUUAAUAACUCAUAUUUAAUAAUCUGAUGUACUACAAAGUCAUUUUUCCUCAGUGAAGUGCCAAAGUGUGUUUGUGGGUUGUUAACCUCUGUAAACCCAGAGCUAUAUGUACCUGUAUAUACCUGAAAGUAUCAGUCAGAAAUCUUAUGCUAACUGGAAACACUGGUAUGUGGAUCUGAGUGUUUGGUGCCGCUGUGACCCCGUGACCCUGUGCUUCUCUGUCUUCUACAUUUUGAUGAGCAGAGACACCGUGGGGUAGUUUCCUGGACAUGGACGGUGGGACGGCCACUGACUUUUAGUCUCUGUUCAGGAAACUGGCCUUGU